CCCGUGAUUCCCUGCGGGCGUGGAGACCCGCGAGGAGGAAAGCGGCUUGAGGCGAUCCCGGGCCGACGGCUGCUGGCUCGCGUCCCUUCGCGGUCCGCCCUGCCACCGCCGCCAUGCCCAUGAAGGGCCGCUUUCCCAUCCGCCGCACGCUGCAGUACCUGGGCCAGGGCAACGUGGUGUUCAAGGACUCGGUGAAGGUCAUGACGGUGAACUACAACACGCACGGGGAGCUGGGCGAGGGCGCCAGGAGAUUCGUGUUUUUCAACAUACCGCAGAUCCAGUACAAGAACCCCUGGGUGCAGAUCAUGCUGUUCAAGAACAUGACCCCCUCGCCCUUCCUGCGCUUCUACCUGGAUUCGGGGGAGCAGGUCCUGGUGGACGUGGAGACCAAGAGCAAUAAGGAGAUCAUGGAGCACGUCAGGAAGAUCCUGGGGAAGAACGAGGAAACGCUCAACCGAGAGGCGCAGGAGAAGCAGCAGCUGUCACACCCGGCGAACUUCGGGCCCCGGAAGUACUGCCUGCGGGAGUGCAUGUGCCAGGUGGAGGGGCAGGUGCCCUGCCCGGGCCUGGUGCCCCUGCCCAAGGAGAUGACGGGCAAGUACAGAGCCGCCCUGAGGGCCAGCGCCAAGGACUGAGGCCCCGCACGCCGGCCGCGCGGUGGCGACGGGGUGCGACCUCAGGACUCUGUUCAGAGGCUGCCUUUGGACUGAGGCUGCUGCGUGGAUGUCCCUGUCCCCGGGUCAAUAAAAGUCUUGGCAGGUCCGGCA